GUCAAGUCUGCAAAAACAUGCGAGCACACAAGAACCACAGAUUCACUUCAAUGCACAUAGCACUGCCAAACAUGAGGGGUAAGAUGCAGAGGGCUCUGGACAUCCUGAGGGGCAGACUCACGGGUUUGAACAAAAGCAAAGAUCAGUUCACCACAGCAGCGGCUCAUGUCAGAGCACAGGCCCAGCACACAGAGAUGCAGAUUCAGGCUCAGUUCAGGAGACUCCAUCAGUUUUUACAAGAUGAAGAAGCAGCCCGACUCCAGGCUGUAAGGGAAGAAGAGUCGAAGAAAACUCAAAACAUUGCAGACAAGAUAGCCGCCAUAACGGAUAACAUCACAACGCUGACCGACACCAUCAGAGCAACAGAGGAGCUACUCAAAGCCAGCGAUUCCUUGUUUCCUUUAGAAUACAAGGAAACGGUGGACAAAGCUUCUCGCUGUGUCCUGAUGAAUGUUCCAAAUCUGGGAGCUAAAGCAUUAUUGGACCAGGCCAAACACGUCGGCAAUAUGGCAUUUCACGUCUGGAACAACAUGAAAAAAGUCGUCCAGUUUAGUCCUGUAAUUCUAGAUCCGAACACAGCACACCCUGAUCUGAUGAUGUCCGAAGACCUCUGCAGUGUGGGGCAAACGAGAAAACUUCAUCUGCCCCAAAAUCCAGAGAGGUUCUUUUAUUACACCCGUGUCCAGGGAUGGGAGGGGUGGAGCCAGGGGGGCCAUAGCUGGAUAGUGCAGGUGCCUGAUGACUCCUACUGGGUGAUAGGGGUGGUCAGGGAAUCGGUGCUGGGGAAAGGCCUCAUUGUAUCUGGGUUCUGGGAAAUUGUUGUUAUGAAUGGCAAGUACAAAGCCUGCGCUGGGUAUGGAACCUGCAAGGAACUGAAUAUUAAGAAGAAAGUGGAGAAAGUAAGAGUCAAGUUGAACUUUGACACGGGGAGACUGUCCUUUUAUUAUGCAGGUACGAGGAAACUCAUACACAGGUUUACAUACGCCUUCCAAGAAAAACUGUUCCCAUAUGUUGAGACUCAUAAUAAUGUCAAACUAAAGAUUCUACCGGUACCUAAAAUUGAUCUUAAUAUUGAGAAACAAUGA